AUGCCGUUCCCUAGCAGGCUCAAGCUCCUCUUUCGAGCGAGCCGUCCAACAUACUGGACAACAACUUUGAUAUUCUACCUCAUCGGCCUUUUACAGGCAGGCUCAUAUCCCCAGUCUGUCCCAGAGAUCAUGCUCGCUGUUGCGUUCUCAGCACCUCUAUGUCUAAUUGUAAUGGGUGGAAGUGAUAUCCACGACUAUGAAUCAGAUAUAAAAAACCCUCGGAAGGGUCAGUCAUGGCUAGAUGGCCGCUCUGUCGAGAAAGUAGAUCAUGCUUUCGUCCUACAGGCCUGUAAAGUUGCGACAAUCAGUGUCAUUCUACUCGCAAUACCCGCAUCUGUCCAGAUUCCUCAGACCAUGGCCUACGUUUUGAUAGCCCUUGGUGCUUCAUGGGCAUAUACCACUCCUCCAAUUCGGCUCAAAGGACGGCCAUUCCUGGACUCAAUUUGUGCUGGAACGCUCUAUUGGUCAAUCUGGGCCAGCGGCUUUUGUUUAAGGGAUGGUGAAGGAAGCACUAGCUUACAGGGCUCGAACCCGAGUGUUUGGAUUUUCUUCUUCUGCGCCGGCUUGCAGAUAUUUACUGCCGUUCUUGAUCAAAAGGCAGACUCUGCCGCUGAUAUUCGAACAAUAGCAACAGCCUGCGGUGAACGGAUGGCUGCCUUUUUAUCGACAAUAACCUUGUAA